AUGCCACAUCUGAAGCUUCGAGAUGGAGCGGAGCUCUUUUACAAGGACUGGGGCAACCCUCAAGGCGCCAUUGUCACUUUUUCCCACGGUUGGCCCUUGAGUAGUGACAACUGGGAAAAUCAAAUGGUUUAUCUUGCUGAUCACGGAUACCGUGUUAUCGCCCAUGAUAGGCGUGGCCAUGGGAGAUCUACUCAGACCUGGGACGGAAACAACAUGGACACAUUUGUUGACGACCUCGAGGAGCUUUUUGCACAUCUAGGGGUAAAAGACGCAGUGAUGGUUGGACACUCCCAUGGAGGAGGAGAGGUCACUCAUUACCUUGGAAAGCACGGCACAGGUCGUUUUAAAAAGGCUGUCCUUGUCGGUGCUGUACCUCCUCUGAUGGUGAAAACUAGUGCAAACUCGGAGGGGACAGCCAAGUCAGUUUUUGAUUCUUUCCGACAAGCCAUGCUUAAAGAUCGGGCGCAAUUCUUUCUGGAUGUCCCCAGCGGACCAUUCUUCGGUUUCAACCGACCUGGUGCACAGAAAAGUGAAGGCCAAAUUCGUAGCUGGUGGCAGCAGGGAAUGAACACCAGUUUCAAAUCAGCCUAUGACUCGAUCAGGGAUUUCUCGGAAACAGAUUUUACGGAAGAUCUCAAACGGAUCAAUAUCCCCACAUUAGUUCUUCAUGGGGAUGAUGAUCAAGUCGUUCCCAUUGAGGCGGCCGGACUGAAGUCCGCAAAGCUUUUACCUCAAGGCAAGCUGAAGAUCUAUAAAGGGGGUUCCCACGCUAUUCACAACAUCAAUAUUAACGAAGUCAACCAAGAUCUGCUUGACUUUAUCCAGUCCUGA